AUGGAAGCGGAGGCAAACACGCAGGAUUCGCGCCCUGCGCUCCUGGACACCCUGACUAAACUGGGGACGGCGGCCUUUGAUCCUCAUGCUGAUCCCACGGCACAAAAGGAGGCCCGUGAUGCCUUUGAAAACUGCAUACAGAGGUCCCCGACGGUACAUCUCAUUCCCGCUUUGAACACCUUGAUUCAGCCGGGGCGAGCACCGGAUUGGCUACGUAGCAAGUUCAUGACUGUUCUCACUUUAAUUCCUCUCCGACCAGAUGGAGUGCGCGCAACCCUCGAGUUCGUUUUCUCCGUUCAUCCGUCAAGUACCGCCAGCCUCAGAGAAAUGGCGCAACCGCAGAAGCAAGGCGCCAACAUUACCCAAGAGGCCUUGACCAUGGCGGCACGCCUUUUGGCGUCGCCACCAUCGGCCGAGACUCCAGAUACUUGGUUUGCGGGCAUCGCCCCUCAACUACUCCAGCUCCUGGACGGGUACGAUGGACUGGAAAUGACCAAAGUCGCAUCGUAUGUCAUUGGCUUUGGCAUACUGGGGCGAAAGAAGUUCGGCGCUCCCGGGACGGCCGGCUGGGCUGCAUUUGCAUCGCCAUUACUGGACGCAAUUUCGCCCACCCUGCAAGGCAAAACCCUCGAAACGGCCGCCGGUAUCAUCGACCUGACACGGGAUGCCGUUCUGGUCUCUUCGAGCGAGCUCUCGGCCGCACUGCGUCGGCUCCAGUCCCUCAUUAUCUCCCAUCCCAAUCCGGGCCUGACCAGACGACUCCUCAGCCCAGUACUGCUUUGCUUGUGGUCGAUCUCGUCUUGGCCAGGUGCUGUGGGAUCUCUUGAGGAGGACUAUUGUCUGCCAGCGAGGAAUAUGCUGAAGAUCUACCUCAGGAUCGACACAUCCCCAGCCAAUAUUCUGCGUAUCAUUUCAAACCUAUUGUACAAUGGGGAGAGCGACCGAGAUGGUCUUGCUUGGCGAUUCACGACCACCAAGGAUGAUGAACUUGAAACUCUCCGGAGCCGUUUAGGUGCAGACCAACAGCAUCUUGAUGAGUCCACUCUGGCCCAAGUUGCACACAAAUCUGCUACUCUGGUAGAGCUCCUGGAGUCAAUCUCCGCGGAUGAAGAUCUUUCCACUAUGUUCCUUGACCUUCUGCGCCAUUGGCUGCAGCCAAGCAAGACAAACGCCAAGAACGAAAUUUUGUUCCGAGCAGGAGAUUCCAGUGAAACAAGCAGCACAGAUCUGCUCUUGCGUGCCAAGGAGGGGAGUGUGUUACAAAAGAUGAUGGAGAAAUACCCCGAGAAGCUGGUUAAACGCCCGGACCAACUGCUCAUUCUGGUGAGUGAAGUUUUGCAGCAAGCAGAAGCCGACGGUUCUGUGGCUUUGGCGUUGAGCCUGCUGAAUCUAGUCGUCACGGUUCCAGGCUUUCAGAGGCGGAAUAUAAAGCCCGAUGUACUGGAGGCUAUCGAAUCCUCGCUGGAACGGAUCAUUAACAGUAGGGAUGAAGAGGUCGGCACCACAGCAAGGAACCUGUCAUUACUGCUCAAGUACAGAGAUGAGCUUGACGACCCGGCAGAAACAACGACAGCGCCCACAGACCGCCAGAUCGAAGAUCGAAAGACGUAUAACCUUGCCUUGUCGUACAUCACCCAGUCAGACUCUCCUCCUCCAGUCCGCUCAGAAGGCAUCAAUUUGAUCCAAGGUCUUGUUCAAGCCGGGAGCCCCAUCCUAGACGUCCCGGCCGUCCUCGUACUCAUGUCCUCGCUCCUAGAAGAAAAUGAGGACUACAUCAACCUGCGCGUGAUCAAGGUCUUUACACAGCUCGCCCACAAGCACCCAAAAUCAACCACCAGCGAAAUUCUAGAGCGCUAUGUGGACUCGCACGAAAAGGCGACCGUCGACACCCGAUUGCGAUUCGGGGAGGCACUUGUGCAAGUCAUUGAGCGCCUCGGCGAGACUUUCACCGGAGAGACCGCGCAGCAAGUUGGCGAAGCGCUGUUAUUCAUCGCAGGACGGCGUAGCCAUCGCGCCAAGACGGCAGCUAAGCAGGCGAGGGAGGCAAAGCUUCGGGAGCUAAAGAAGGACCGCGACGAGGCUGUCGAGGAUGAGGAAGAUGAAGAGAUUACAGCCGAAGAAAAGGCACGGCAAGAGAUACUCAAAAGCAUCGUUGAGGGCUGGCAGAGUAAACGCGGGAGCGAAGACGUGCGGAUACGGGCGUCGGCUUUGUCCAUAUUUGCUGUGGGCAUCCACACCAACAUUGCUGGCGUCGGAUCACACUUGGUCUCGGCGGCAAUCGAUCUGUGCCUUGGAAUUCUUUCCAUGGAAAAGGAGGUUGAGAGCGGCAUACUCAGACGGUCUGCCAUCAUCGUCAUACUGGAAUUUGUCCAGGCCCUAGCUGCAGCCAAGGAGGCGCAGAAGCGCAUCGGAUUCGGCUUGACAGAUCAAAGUCGGGAGGAUAUUCUCCGAAUUCUACGGUAUGUCUUUGAUACAGACAACGACGGUCUUGUCAGGCAGCAUGCUGCCGAUGUCAUAGAAAGCCUGGAAAACUGGCAGAUGUCACAGAUCAUGGGCCAGCUCGAGCCAUCUGGACCAGCGAUAUCCCAGUUAGCAGGCCUUGCUAUCAACCCCGUCACCACCAUAAGCGCCGAGGGAAACAGGCCCAGAAUAGAAGAAAUAGAAUAA